AUGAUAUUUUUGUCAUUUUUAAAUCAGUAUGAAGAAACAAAAAAAGAAAGUUACAAUUUAUUAAAAGAGAAUAGUAAUGUAAAUCCAAAAGUUAAAGUUCUUGAAUCGACAUAUAUAAACUGCGAAAUAAAUAAUAAAAAAAGGGAAUGGUCCAAUAAUAAAUUAAAUAAAGAAUUAAGUAAAUGGAACCAUGAUAUUAUAUGUUCAAAGAAGUACCAGUAUAAUCCAUUCAAACAAUCGUGUGGUAAGCAUUUUGAUUUUUUAAAAGAAGGGCAGAAAUAUUAUACAUCCAGUGAACAAUUUCAGAAGAGAGAUUAUAAUUUAAUUUUUCAAAACCUAAGAAACUCUCCUUCUAUUCAUAUAGCCACGUGUGGUAUUUUUAUGACAAUCAUUAUAGGCUUAUUAAAUUUAAAAAAUAAAAAAAUAUAG